AUGGUCAAAAUUACACAGACAAGCGUCGAUAGGAGAGCUAGUGUAGACAGCCUGCAUACCAAUCCUGCCACCAGCCCAUCAGCUCUCGAAGGUGACCAUGCUGAGAUCUCGCCCACGAACCACUGGAAGAGACAGCCCAGAGGUCGUUAUCUACAGGCCGCGAUUACGCAGGGUGAAAAUAAUAACAAAACAGACGUCCGCCCUCGCCCACGUGCUCAAGGGCUACGGCCUAAUCCCUUCGCCUCCGCAAUUCUUCGACAGCGUUGCAUGGCUACGAACAUCGGAGCGGCAGAUAGUCCCUAUGCAUCUUCGGUUGUUGCCCAAGACUCGCUGGUACCUGCAAACGCAUCGACACAUACCGAACAGGGGAGUUCAGCAACUCCACAUGGGAAUGGAAGUAGCCAACCAGGGACGGACAAAGACCUGACUGAUUCUAUUUUGGCGGAAGCUGUCGAAUUCCAGAAACAUGUGGAUCGCCUGGUGGCGGAGGUUGACGAUGAGCGUGAUGAUACUAUUUAUGAUUUCGGGUUAGCAUUGAUGAGACGUACACCUCUGGGCGAAUGGUAUCGACGCGCAAAUAAGAUUAAGAGAGACGAAUAA